AUGAACGCCUUUGGACAGCAAGCUCCGCCAAAUGCUUCCCCUCACCAACUUUCCAGCGCGCAGGAUAUCUUGGACAUGGCCCUAUACUGCGACAACUUCAGCAUGUACCCGCAGAAUCUACACCAUCACCAUCCUCAGCGACCCUCUCCCCACCCACCGAGCUAUGGGCUGGCCGACUACACCACCCCGACCACCAACCCCUACCUUUGGCUCAACGGACCGGCCAUUAACUCUCCUCCUUAUCUUCCAGGGAGCAAUGGAGCUGCUUACAUCCCGUCGGGUUACGGGACUGGCCAGCGCCAAUUCCUGUCAACCCCUUCGGGCUUCGGAGGGACUGAGCUGGGAUGGCUGUCCCUACCCAGCCAGCAAGAACUUUUCAAAAUGGUUCGUCCGCCUUACUCCUACUCUGCGCUCAUCGCUAUGGCCAUCCAGAACGCCACCGACAAGAAACUGACGCUCAGUCAGAUUUACCAGUACGUGGCCGAGAAUUUCCCCUUCUACAAGAAAAGUAAAGCGGGCUGGCAAAACUCCAUCCGCCACAACUUGUCUCUCAACGACUGUUUCAAAAAAGUUCCCAGGGACGAGGAUGAUCCAGGUAAAGGUAACUACUGGACCUUGGAUCCCAACUGUGAAAAAAUGUUUGACAACGGGAAUUUCAGGAGGAAGAGAAAACGCAGAUCCGACACCACAGGUCCCAGUGAUCACGGGGCUGGUGAUAAGACCGACGACAACAAUGGUGGGGUCAUUAGACCUUCAGACACAGUCAGUGUCCUUGAUUCUACUUCCCCCGGACUGGAGAGCUCCCCCGGAACCACAAGCGAUUCUAAACCUUCGCCUCCUCCAAGCAUGCAAUCCAAUUCCUGCUUUAGUAACUUUGUGACUAAUAUGAGUUCUGUGAUCAGUGCGAACAAUGGGAUGAACAGACCGAUUUCCUCAAGCGGAUUGAUGGGAGAGUUAUCACAAGGUCGACAAAACCUGUCCGGACUCAAUUCAUAUUCACCUUCACAUAACUCAAUACACAACACAGUGGACAUUCACAAUCGAUUGAAUUACUAUCAAUCUACUGUUCCAAAUCAACAAACUGGAUUUAGCGGCCCCUGUGCAACUUCAGCGUCAAUAAUCUAA